CGUCCCGUCCCGCGAGAUCGCGGCGGUCCGGGGAACCGGCGCGCCCUCUACCCCGGGCCCCUCCGCCGCCCCCGCCGCUACCGCCGCGAUGGCUCGGCCGCUGGUGCCCAGUUCCCAGAAGGCGCUGCUGCUGGAACUCAAGGGGCUGCAGGAGGAACCGGUAGAGGGCUUCCGCGUGGCUCUGGUGGACGAGGGCGACCUGUACAACUGGGAGGUGGCCAUCUUCGGGCCCCCCAACACCUACUACGAAGGCGGCUACUUCAAGGCCCGGCUCAAAUUCCCCAUCGACUACCCAUACUCCCCACCAGCCUUCCGCUUCCUGACCAAGAUGUGGCACCCGAACAUCUAUGAGACAGGGGAUGUGUGCAUCUCCAUCCUGCACCCCCCAGUCGAUGACCCCCAGAGUGGGGAGCUGCCCUCAGAGCGGUGGAACCCCACACAGAAUGUCAGGACCAUCCUCCUGAGCGUGAUAUCCCUGCUGAAUGAGCCCAACACCUUCUCGCCGGCCAACGUGGACGCCUCAGUGAUGUACAGGAAGUGGAAGGAGAGCAAGGGCAAGGACCGCGAGUACACAGACAUCAUCCGGAAGCAGGUCCUGGGGACCAAGGUUGAUGCAGAGCGCGACGGCGUGAAGGUGCCCACCACACUGGCCGAGUACUGUGUGAAGAGCAAGGCACCAGCGCCCGACGAGGGGACGGACCUGCUCUACGACGACUACUAUGAGGACGGCGAGGCGGACGAGGCUGGCAGCUGCCUGGGGGACGAGGACAGCUCCGGCAACGAGGGGUCCUGACGCUGCACCCCGAGAAAUAAACUCUCAGCUUUUACCUCAAGAGCAGCCUGGUGGGCUCGGCCCGCCCGCGGACUACCUCACGGAGCCCACGUGGCGCCUCCUGGUGGGUGGUGCUGGGCCCCUCCCUCCUCCCCGUGUUCUGGCUUUGCCUGUGCUGCAGAGGAUAGUAGCCGCCCAAGGCCUGGGCUCCAGGGACUGGCACGGCCCAGCAGGGCCUCAGUGAAGCCAGAUGGGGACAGGUGACUCGGGGGGUGGGGAGCAGGACCUACCGCCCACAGCUCAGCCAGGAGCCACAGACUCGUCCAGCGACGAGUGGUCGGUGACUUGAGGCCCCUCUCCUCCACGCGUUUUGUUUGAGUCUAAAUAAAACUGCUUUAUGAAGAGGCA